GUGAGAGCGGAUCCAUCAAAGCAAGCAUGAUAGUAACGCUCUAUGUCAAAGGAAAAGGUCUUUAUUGAAGCAUUAUUUACUAACGAUAAUUGGUGGAAAUUAAUGAAUGAAAAAGGCGAUAGUAUCGGUCAGUUGAGAAUUAGACUUUUGUGCAUGUUUAAACAGAAUCAUAAUGCUGUAAGCCUCACUUGUGAGCUUGUUUCUCAACGUUUUUUAUGUUCUUACAAGUUUAAGUACAAUCAAUGGUAUUGUAGCAUUUUUCUCCGUUCUUUUGUUGUAAGCAUUAAUGAUUCGCAGGACAAUAAGCUGUUUACCAUGGUGGAACUUCCAGACUGAGCACCGCCAACGUUGCGUUCUUAUGUACGGUGGUGCUCGUGUCAAAAAUACACAUAAUGCUAACCACAGAGUGUUUAUUAAAAAAUACCGCCGCAAUGCAUUUCCAAACCGUACUAGACAUCACUGGGCAGUUAGCAUGACUGGGAUAUCAGGACAGCGGCCACGCCGAAUGCCGUGGCCGUAUGAUAUCACGUCAAUGAUCUUUAACCAGCCCCGACAAGGGUCUGACAAAAUCGGCUAUGUGGUAGGCACGAGUAUGCUCAAGACGGCGAUCGUGGCCAGUAAUCACAUGGUGUAUUACCCUAAGUUCAAUCAGAGGGUCGCCCGUACAAGCCGCUUCUUUGCCCACGACGAAGACUUAGCCUGCGUGGAAGGUGAUCUUGUACACAUUAAGCAAUGUCGAAAAAUAUCCAAGUACAAGCACUACUAUGUCUUUAGCAUUCUCGAACCGAACAUCGAGGGACGCGAACGACUGAAGCUUGGUCUAAAAGCAGUUCCGCCACCCUUAUUUGGAUACCCUGUUUCGCGUCGUAUUGUCAAACUAAACUUGACUAAUGUAGAUGGCACAAAGGAGAAGCUGGCGGCGGCGAUACAGGAACACGUGCAGGAUGCCUACCGAUAUGCGGGUAACACUCCUAAUGAACCACGUACUAAGCUCUCAGAUACGGUUUCAUUUGACGAAGCCAACAAGAUGAUUGCACCAAACGCUUCUGAGACGCCUGAACUUCCCUUCUCAGAAGAAACAAAUGCACUAGAAGGGGCCCUUUCUGAGGAAUUCAGUGAAGUGGAUCAGGACACUCGCCAAAAGAAAGGUGAAGAUUUUUGGAUGAAUUUAGAACCUAAGGGUAAAUAUGAUUUCAAGAAUCUAAAAAAGUCUCCGUGAUCAUGGGGAAGAAGAUGCGAUUACUUUAUUCUGCGUUGUGUUUCAAGUUCUUAUCGGAUUAUGAUUUUCGAGGUAGCAGGGUUGAAGCUGCUGGAAAAGCAUAUUUUUCGCCGAUAUUAUCCUAGUUAUCGCUGAAGUGGGCAGAUUUCAUGCCUCGCAUCUAUAUUGAUUUUGCCGUUGUUGAUGAGCCCGU